AUGGGUUUCUUUGACGAAUUAUUUUCUCUGAAAUCCAAUGAAACUUUAAGAGUGGUUGCUGCAAUUUCGUUAACAAUUGUUAGCAUAUUGGGUGCUGUUUUCAAUCUUAUCGUACUUUUUUCCAUUAUUUUUCGAGUGAGUAAGAAAGACGGAUUUCUGAAAAUUUGCUGUCUGAAGAGUUUUGGUAAUGGAAUUGUUUGUGUCGGAUAUCUAGUAUGGCCAGUGCCAGUGACAUUUUUAAACUCAUUAUUUUUACCGCACAUGUUUGAUGCAUUUAUGGGUCAGUUAGUGGGAUGGUUCGCCUGGUGCAUCGGACCAUUAUCACAGGUUUUAUUGACAAGUAACAGGAUAUCCGCUGUGUUUUUUCCGCAACUUUAUAACAGAUAUUACCGGUUUACACCUAGUAAUAUUGGAAUAAUUGUAUGCCUUCUUGUUGCAUUUUUGUUCUUUGCUGCUUUCUUUCCUGAAGGAUGUCAUUAUUUAUACAACUUGGAAUAUAUUGGAUGGCUUCCGGAAGAUUCUUUAUGCACCACUGUUCGUCGCUAUAUCUUUCUGGUUUCCAUGUUUUUGAUCGUAGUAUUCACAACAGCUUGUGGAGUUGUGUUAUUUUUAAAAUUGAUCGCCGACUCGCAAAGCCGAUCAAUGACUGACGCCCAAUCGACAAAACGCCGUCAGAAGCAUCGGAAGGUUUUGUACCAAACUUUGGUUCAGAACAGUUUGAUACUAGCUGACACCUUGAAUACUACUGUAACCUACAAAUUAUUUACACUUUUAUUACUUCAAUUUCUCACUUUAUCAUUUUCAAUGGUUUUCAUAAGAAUGUUAGAAGGACUGAUCAUGUUGACAAUGAACGAGAGGAUCAAUAGCGGAGCAAAACUGCUAUUUGGAUUGAAAAAGCCAGGAGAAAACCAUGGAGUGAACAUUGGACAUACUAUGAUGAGAACAUCACGCCUACCUAGAUUCAAGCAUCAUUCUCUAAUCAUUAACUUUUAUCAACUCUUUAUGGAGCUUCAAAUAGAUGAAUCCCUCUAUCAAUACUACUAUUACACUUACCCAACAUGCCCUAAAGAUGAGCGGCUAUUUUCCAAAUGGCAAACUCUUGCAGUGAGCAGUCACAUUCUUCUGAUUCCUUUUCUGCCCCUAUACGUUUUCACUGGAUAUGUGAUUCUGAAAAAGACUCCAAAAAUAAUGGGGUCCAUGAAAUGGGCAAUGUUGAAUUUGCACCUAUGGGCAUCUUUUGUGGACAUUUUACUAUGUUCCUUAAUAACUCCCUAUUUCUUUUUUCCAUCGUUUUCCGGAUUUCCCAUCGGAUUAUUUCAAGUGUUUGGGGUCCCAAUCGCAUUUCAAGUAUAUCUAGGAAUGACGUCAGUUUUUCUACAAAUGUUUUCCGUAGUACUUCUCUUCGAAAAUCGAUGUCAUUCUUUGAUUGCUCACAGGUUAUCUGAUCAUAAAUGGAAGAGAAUACUGUUUCAUUUGGUGAAUGGAAUAAUUGCAGUGUUCUAUAUGAUACCAGUGUGCCUAAAUAUUCCUGAGCAGAGUGUAGCAAAACUGAAUGAGCUUACUAAAAUUCCAUGCCCUACAGAAGAAUACUUCACAGGACCAACAUUUGUCUUCCUGACAUCUUCUUUCUGGCAACGUUACCUUGUUAUUGCAACAGCUAUCGUGGCUAGUCUCAUGUUUACAGAAUUGUUAAUUUUCACAUUUUUAUGUGCACACUGCUUGUAUUUUGCCAUGAAUCACAUAUCAUCCAUAUUGACCGUUCGGCUUCAGAAGUCAUUUUUUGUUGGAAGCCUAAUUCAAGUCUUGAUUCCUUUUGUUUUUUACUCAAUUCCAUCUUUAAUCAUAGCAAUUACAAUUUCCAUGGAAUAUUAUAACCAAGUCCUAAACAACGUUUUUGUUCUCGUCAUGUCGUUUCAUGGAUUCGCUGCUACUAUAGCUCUUCUUAUCAUCCACCGACCCUAUCGUACUUAUGUGAUGUCCCAUUUUUCAAAUAAGAAUCCCCAAAGUUUCGGUACCAGUGCUAACCAUUCGAAAUCUCUGAAAAUGGUUUCAAGGUCUUAA